CUUUGAAUUGUGGGAUUGAAUCCUGAAAACGACAACAAACCAGCUUUGCUGUUGCUUCGUUUAAGAUAACAGUUUUUUCCCCCAUAUCCAUGAGCAUUUCGUUACACCACCUCACUGGAGAAAGAGAAAUGGAAAAUGUACACCUCGCUGUGGAGGAGGAGGAUCUUUAUUCGGGUUACAACGACUACAAUCCAACAUUUGACUCCGAGGAGUUGGAGAAUGAUGUGGGCUUCCAGCAAGCAGUCAGGACAAGCCAUGGAAGAAGACCUCCGAUGACGGCCAAAUUCCCUGGCACUGCCAUUGGAGCUCGGCCUUUAGCUUCUUCCUUUGGAUCUCGGAUUCCUAUGGCCUCUUCAAUGGGCAGACCCAUGACUGGCGCUGUGCAGGAUGGAGCAGCCCGACCAAUGACUGCUGUCAGAGCAGCUGGUUACACAUCCUCCCUGACCCGAGGCUCGAACUUUGACCCUCUGGGCCAGUCCAAAGGCCCUGCACCUCCACUUGAAGCAAAGAAUGAGGACACGCCUGAGGAGAAGAUCAAGAUCCUGGAGAAGAAAGUGAAUGACCUUAUAGAAGAGAGCUGCAUGGCACAGAGCAUGGGAGCCUUACAGCUGGCUCUUGAAAAAGCCAAAGAGGCAGGGAGGAAGGAGAGAGCACUGGUGAGACAGCGGGAGCAGUCUGGCAAUGCGGACCACAUCAAUUUAGACCUCACCUACUCUGUUUUGCUCAACCUUGCCAACCAGUAUGCGAACAAUGAAAUGUACCCAGAGGCCCUAAACAGCUACCAGGUCAUUGUGAAGAACAAGAUGUUCAGUAAUGCAGGCCGUAUGAAAGUCAACAUGGCCAACAUCUACGUCAAACAGAAGAACUACCCUAAAGCCAUCAAGUUCUACCGAAUGGCCCUGGAUCAGAUCUCCAAUGCUCACAAGGAGAUGAGGAUCAAGAUCAUGCAGAAUAUCGGCGUGGUCUUUGUCCGCAUGGGCCAGUACUCAGACGCCAUAACAUCUUUUGAGCACAUCAUGAGCGAGAGCCCCAACAUUAAGACAGGCUUCAACCUAAUCCUGUGCUACUAUGCCAUUGGCGACAGGGACAGGAUGAAGAAGGCCUUUCAGAAGCUCAUUUCUGUUCCUCUGGGCAUUGAUGAUGAAGACAAGUACAUCCCAUCUAAUGAUGACACCAGCUCAAAUAUGAUCAUCGAGGCCAUUAAGAAUGACAAACUUCACCAGAUGGAAAGAGAUCUAAAAGUCCUGGCUGAGAAGUACAUCAUGACGGCAGCCAAGCUCAUUGCUCCGGCCAUUGAGAAUUCUUUUGCUUCUGGAUUUGACUGGUGUGUGGACAUGGUGAAGAGUUCUCAGUAUGUUGAACUUGCCAACGAUCUAGAGAUAAACAAAGCCAUCACCUACCUCAGACAGAAGGACUUCAACCAGGCAGUGGAAACUCUGAAGACAUUUGAGAAGAAGGACAGCAGAGUGAAGAGUGCUGCAGCCACCAACCUCUCUUUCCUCUACUUCCUGGAGAAGGACUAUGACCAGGCUGAUCGAUACGCUGACCUCGCCAUGAAUGCUGACCGCUACAACCCGGCAGCACUUAUCAACAAAGGCAACACGGUGUUCGUCAAGCAAGACUAUGAAAAGGCUGCAGAGUUCUACAAAGAGGCACUGAGGAAUGAUUCCUCCUGCACUGAGGCCCUCUACAACCUGGGUCUAACCUACAAGAAACUGAAUCGUCUGGAGGAGGCUCUGGACUGCUUCCUGAAGCUCCACGCCAUUCUGAGGAACAGUGCCCAAGUCAUGUACCAGCUGGCCAAUCUCUAUGAGCUUCUGGAAGAGCCACAACAGGCAAUCGAGUGGUUGAUGCAGGUCAUCAGUGUAACUCCCACCGACCCCCAGGCACUGGCCAAACUGGGAGAGCUCCACGAUGGCGAGGGGGACAAGUCCCAGGCUUUCCAACACUACUAUGAGUCCUUCAGGUACUUCCCCUCCAACAUCGAUGUGAUUGAGUGGCUUGGGGCUUACUACAUCGAGACACAGUUCUGUGAGAAGGCCAUUCAGUACUUUGAAAGAGCCACACUCAUACAACCAACCCAGGUGAAGUGGCAGCUAAUGGUGGCAAGUUGCUACAGAAGAAGUGGAAACUACCAGAAAGCUCUGGAAACGUAUAAAGACAUUCACCGCAAGUUUCCAGAAAAUGUGGAAUGCCUGCGUUUCUUGGUGAGGCUGUGCACGGACAUGGGACUGAAAGAAGUCCAAGAAUAUGCCACUAAGCUGAAGAAGGUGGAGAAGAUGAAGGAGAUGAGAGAACAGAGGGUGAAGUCGGGCCGGGAGGGCAGUGCCAGAGGUCGGAGAGAAGGCAGAGAGGGCAGUGCAGGGAGUGCUGCAGGCGUCUCCACACCUGUCCUCAACUCUCCUAAGAAGGCCAGCAUCAUGGAGGUGGAUGGUAAAGCAGUAUCUCAGACUGAGUCUAAACAACUCAGUCCACUGUUGGACUCAGGGAGAGACAGCGGCCACAGCAGCAACAGCACCAAAGGAGAGCGGCUGAGCGCCAAGAUGAGGUCACUUCCUGGUUCCAAUGAGCCCUACGAGGCCAGCAGCCCGAAAGAAAUAGACGCGUCCUACGUGGACCCACUGGGCCCUCAGAUGGAGAGACCAAAGACGGGAGCCAAGAAGCGCGUGGAGGAUGACGACUUUGCAGAUGAAGAGCUUGGAGACGACCUGCUGCCGGAGUAGCCUCUGCCUUCACUGCAACAUUUGCUCUUUUAUCACCUUUUGAAAGGCAAGGGCACAACGUUUCACCACAAAACCAAAAACAGUUUAAACUCAGCUCUUCAGCAAAAAAAAAAGGAUUAUUUUUCACGGGCAUCAAUGAGGGUCCAGUGACUCUCUGUAGUCUCCUGUAAGUUGUCUGAUGUCUUUACCUUUGUCAGAUUGCUCAUGACCAAUCUUUGCAUCAUCUGAGUGAAAAACAGACUGACCCACAGCUGAUUUCUUGAAGGUAAAAUAUUUAUUCAUAUCCAUUCAGCAUUGGAAUACAUAUAUACAUGGCAUGAAUGCAACAAGAAGCUGCUUCCAGUGCAGUCUGGGACUGUUGGAACAGUUUUGUUUUGGCUCUGUACAAUGAGUUUGAAAUGAAUGAAUCACAGUGCGUUUUGACUUUAAUAUGUGUUUACAUUCCCACCCGAUGAAGUGUGCAGAACGUAUAGACAUACUUUUUGAACAGCUGCAUUUUAACCUCACCAUCACCUUUACAUUGUUAAUCCAGUGUUGGGAUAGAGAGCUGAAACAAUGAAAAACAUUUCACUGUUCUGAUAGUUUUGACUGCACCAUGUGUUUCCAUGUGUGACCCUGGGAAGCUUCUGGAAAAUCCAUCAGCAUGAUAUACCAAACUUAUGUAAUCCGUCCAUUUCAGGUUGUGUUUCGUUGCUCUUUGCUUUUUGUACUUUUCCAGAAAUAUUUAUUUGUUCUGUAAUAUUUAUUUGUCUUGUCAUUUCUUACAUAAUUAAAAGAGGACAUAUUUGAUCUAUUCAAGAUAAAA